UUUAACUGUCAAUGUCAAAUCAAAUGAGCCAACUUGCAUAGUGUGGUUGGGAAAGUGUUACGUUUUUCUUGAAAAUAAGUAAUUAAAUAAAUCAAAAAGUAUGACUUUCAUACCAAAUUGGGAAGAGUUUGAGAAGUCCGCUGAGAUGUUAUAUUUACGUGACCCACUGAAUACUCGAUACAGUGUUAAAUAUUCACAUUCCAAGGGUGUCUUUUUGGUAAAAAUUACGGACAAUAAAAAGUGCCUGCAGUAUAAAACAGAAGUGCAGCAAGAUGUCCGAAAAGUAGAUAAAUUCAUAUCUAAUUUAAUAAGACAUAUGGCCUCUAAUGAAAACUGAUACCUCAUAAUAAAUUAUUUUUAUUUUUAA